AGGCCUUGAUCAUCUCCCCCGUUUCGCGAAGCUCCUCUUUCUCUCUCUCUCCUCUCUCGCUCUGGCGCUAACCCUAACCCUAAUCAGAUUCGGAUUCCCUUGGGGGGCUACAUGAGUGGAGCGGUUCUCUCAAAUCACCCACUGGGGUUCCCGAUCACUGUGGCUCGACCAUAGAGGAGGAGGUGGAGCAUCUCGAUCGCCGCAGCCGCGUCUUCUUCAAUUGCGACAUCACGAUUCAGAUUUGGUCGGAUCUCUCUUCCGCCCUGCCCUAUCUCCUCUCCUCUCUGUCUCCGUCUCCGGCUAUACCCUAGUCGCCUCCGGUUCUACUCCGCCAGCGCCUGAACCCCUUCGAAGGCUCUUCCCGCCGGAGCAACCUGCUGCACCUUCUACUCUGUCAGCGCCUGAGCCCUUUCGUAGUCGCUUCCCGCCGGAGUUCCACCUGCACCGCCGAGUGUAACGGCUGGACCUAUGAGGAGCAGGGAGAAGAAUGGUGAGGCGGUGUGGAGAGGAGUUCGGUAGCGAGAUUAGGGCAAGGGAGGAGGUCUCCGACAGAAUCUAGUAGUGGUCAAAGGGUUGCGGCCGAUCUGUGAAGCACCAUCAUCCCCGCCGCCAUCCUCUCCUCAGCGAAUUCUCAUCAUCGGCGGUUGUGGCGAGUCCGGGAUAUAACACCGAGCUCGCUCCUCUCCACCCUGCUGUUGCCCUUAUCUCUACUCUUACUGUGUAAAGUUGACAUUUUUACUACUACUCCUUUAACUACUCUACUCCUUUAUUCUUCAGGUUGUUACAAGGUUACAGGCGUGAAGAGAAAAUGUAUGGGAGACGAGCAUCCCAGCUUUUGAAGGAGUUAGGCUCCUGCGAAGCUGGACAGCUCACACCGUUCGAUAGUGAUUCAUUUGAUCAAGUCACUAAGGAAUGUAACAAGCAUAAUCUGCAGCUUCAGUCGUUGAUCAGGAAAAUCGAGGAUCAGAACUUAGACAUACAAACGACUAGAAAUGAGGAUCACUUUGGUGCAGUUAUACAUCAUCUUUCUUUAACCCGUAACAAAAGAUGUCUCAUGGCUUACAUGUACAACCGCGCAGAAGUCAUUCAGAGCUUCAGAUGGAAAGUGGGUCCUGUUCUUCCCCAAGAAAUUCAAGAAAAACUCAAUUAUUCUGAGGAAGAGUAUUUCAAAAGUCACUCUGCUGCCAUAGAGUCCUACAUGUCCGAGCUAGAUCUGGAUUUGACUGUGGAUAUGGUACCUCCCAAGGAUCCUUAUAUCCGUGUUAGGGUACUUGAUGACAUCGGAGAAGUUUGUCUCGGCGAUCAUUCGAUAUCUCUGACUAAGCACUCACUGCAUUUUCUUAGGCGUACAGAUGCUGAGCAAUUUAUAUCCCAGGGUCUGAUGGAAGAGUUUCUGGAGUAGAAUCUUCAGUCAUGACAGACGAUGGUUGCACAUGCAAGCUUUACUCUUCUCUUUCAGUUUUUUGAGUGGAACCCGUCUUUUUCAGGUUGCACGUGUAACAACACGAAUUGUUUCUAUGCUUUUAUCAAAAUCCACACCAUUACGUGCAGACAAACAUAUACAGUUUCUUUUCCGUGUACGUUCAUCACCGGCGGAUAAAGCUCAGACUGACAAGUUUUAAGGAUGCAGUAGGUCUCAUGUAUAAUUCCUAAUUCUACGCAUAAUUUUAAAUUUGCACUCGAUUUCGUGUAAAAUUUAUAAUUCUAAUAACUGAGCUUUUACAGCGGUAAUGCUUGUACUGCAAAGUUUGAAUGU